AUUUUUCUCCCGCCUACUCCAAAGACGAAGGGCGACUCCAAAAAGGCUCUUCAAGCAACGUGACGUCAUCUGUUGCCGACGACCAGCAAGCGAGACGACGCGAGUGAGGACUGAAAGGGCCCUAUGAAGCGGAAGCACCAGCUCCUUUCUGAUACUUUCAAGGCCAAGAAGCGACGGCUGGCUCCGAGUGACGGAUCCGAGCCUUCAGGACAGGAGGGCCCUGCGGCAGUCGAAGCUGCUCUUCAGAAUCUGGUAUCUCUCUUCCCUCGCAAAGUAUUUGAAGAUUGCCUGCCGCCGUUGAUUCUGAGGCAUCAGAUCUACAGUCUUGUCAAAGAUCGUACGGUUGUGGACAGACAUCUGAGCCAGCUGAAAAAUGAGGGCCGGAUCCGAAUGUUUCAGCAUAGCAUUGAAGCGGAUUUUUUUGUGGUGGCAUUCACAGACAGCUACGUAUCUAAGGUGCAGGAAUUUAUAUCGGGAAAGGAGUUUGCCAGGACAGUGAAGAAGUUUUUAGAUUCAGUCCUUACCGUUUGCCCUGACAUCAGUUUCGACAAGAAAAGGAUGUUGAAAGAUUUCGGCUUUAGGGACACAGAAAUCACGCAGCUGGUGAAUGCUGGCGUCUUGACUGUCCGUGAUGCCGGGAGCUGGUGGCUUGCCGUGCCUGGAGCAGGCCGCUUCAUCAAAUGCUUCAUCAAAGGAAGGAAAGCCGUUUUGGGGAUGAUCCAGAAAUCCAAAUACAAGGAAGUCCUACUGUCUGAUUUGCAGAGCCGUCAAGCGCCCAAUGCGGUGAAACUGGGCCUUCCCUACCAUAUUCACGACAUCAUUGGAGCCCAGCUGGUUGACUGCGUGCCAACGACCUCUGGGACCCUCCUGCGACUAAGAGACGAUUAAAACUGUGCCAUGCAGAGAACUGUGCCCAAAAUAGACUAUUUUGCCUUGAGAUCUUUUUUUCACGUUGGGAUUCGGGGUCUUCUGCUUGAGCCCCCGGCAUUAGUGGGACCAGAAGAAACUUUUCCUCAGCAAAAUAACCUUAACUGAUCUAGAAAUUGCACUUAAUAUAGGGGCUCCUUGUAGGGAACCAUCUUAGAAGGAUCGAGACAGGGGUGAAAUGUAAAAUUUGUUACUACCGGUUCUGUGGGUGUGGCUUGGUGGGGGGGUUAAUAUGACUGGGUGGGCGUGGCCAACUUUUUUUAAAAAAACUUUUCAAAGCAUUUUUUCUAAUGCUUUGAAAAGACUCUGCCGAUCAGGCAACUCAGCUGGGAUCGUCAGAGAGGCUUUUUUAAAAAUGGCUCUCUGCCGAUCAGGCAACUCAACUGGGAUCGUCAGAGACUUUUCAAAGCAUUUUUUUUACCACCUCUUCAGCCAAGAGGUUGCAGGAAAAAAUGCUUUGAAAAGCCUCUGACGAUCCCAGCUGGGCCACAUGAUCAUCAGAGGCUUUUUUUUUUUUUUACUUUUAAAAGCAUUUUUUCGUCGGAAGAGGUUGUAGAAAAAAUGCUUUUAAAAGUAAAAAAAAAAAAAAAAAGCCUCUGAUGAUCGUGCGGCACAGCUGGGCAUGGUGAGGGGGUGGGGCGCAAGGAUUUUUGCUACCGAUUCUCUGAACCACCCGCCGCCAUCGCUACCGGAUCGGAUGAUCCGGUCCGAACCGGGAGCAUUUCACCCCUGGAUCGGGACUACCCACAUUAAUGGUUACAUGCAUGGGCCUGAAUUGAGAGUAAAAUAAAAUUAUGCAGUCUUUGUUCAUGAAUUGCAGAGGCUGAAGUAAACUGAAAAUGCUGAUUGCAAGAUAUGCCCCCCUAGCCGAUUCAUUCCUUGAGUAUGGUGUUAGGUAUUUAUUCUGUAUACCUUGAGUAUGGGUAUACCUUGGGUAUGAAUUUUGUCACUUGUUGUAAAAAGAAAGAAGUUUGGAAAGCGUCUUUAAAUGGAAUUAAAGCCUCAAAGGAUGUGCUUGUCUUUUA